AUGACCACCUCCCUCUGGGCGAGAGCCCUCUCUGCUCUCCCAGACAAAGAUCAGCGCAUGUUCCGCACGUCAGGCACUGCAUCGGCACCGGUCUCAAAGACAUUAGCUGAUAUUAUCACUGCAAUCGAAACACAGCGCGAUCGUUGUAAGCGCCACAAGUGGUCGACCAUCAGCAUCGGUGGCAAGGAGCUCAUCAUCCGUGAUGUGUGCGCGAAAAUUGUAGCCUGCGUGAACAAGUUUGCCAGCGUGGUUGAUGUCGUCGUUUCCUAUGACCCAGUUCAUGCGGCACUUCCUUGGGCGGGAGUGCGCUUUGUGCUUCAGCUGUUUCUGAACGGAAUCGAUACUUUCGGUGCUAUUGUGGAGGGGCUGGAGACGUCCGUGAGAGUGAUUGCACGGGGUGGAAUACUCGAAGGGUUAUAUUAUCAGAAGAACUCUGCACUGAGUGAAGCGAGGCAGGCCUUGCAAGAUGAAAUCGUCAAGUGCUAUACAGCGGUCUUGAAAUUUCUGUCUCUGGCGAGGAAGUACUAUCAGUGCUCACGAAUGAAACGUGCGGUCAAUUUUAUAUCUAAAGACGAUCUUAGACACUGCACAAAGGAGAUACAGAUUGCCGAGCAACAGUUCCUGAUUCAGAAGGGGCUCGCCGACAGCGAAGACCUAGGUAAUAUCGAGACAAAUGUUUUACACACCAUCCUUAUAGCCACAUCAACGGCGGACCAGGUCAAUGAUAUGAAAACAAAACUAGAAAAGGCCCUCCUGGACCUGGAUAAGCCAUUAAUACGAGUGGUGGAUCAAGUUUCCGACCUUCAUAGAUCUUUGAAAGACAACGAGAGAGCCCAGAUCCUGCGUUGGAUAUCACCUGUCCCAGCUCAGGAACAUUAUCGUGAGGCAUCAGCAUCACUGAUGCCAGGCUCUGGAGAAUGGCUUUUCCGUCACCCUGAAUUUCAGGCUUGGAGAGAUUCUAGUAGCUCUGAGGUGCUAUGGUUGCACGGGAUACCUGGCUGCGGAAAAUCCAAGAUCGCUGCUGCUGUUAUACGGCAAUUACGCCUUCAGGCUAGCAAAGUACAGCAUUCUUUGCCGAUAGUACAUUUUUUUUGCUCGACAAACCCGGCUGAACCAGAGCGUAGCGAUGCUCGGGAGAUACUCCGGUCACUCAUGAAGCAACUUUCUCUAUCCGUCAGCAAGGACCUGAUGAGGACCCCAGUCGUCGAGGAGUAUCGGAAACUUCUACAAGAAGCAACAUAUUAUGGUGAAGGGCCAGCUGCUUUGUCUGUAGAAAGGUGUACUGAGCUUUUGUGUGAGCUUGGCCAGUCAGCCCCAAUCAUGCUAAUUAUCGAUGCUCUUGAUGAAUGUGAUUCACAGCAGCGCACCAUACUGCAGCAAUCUCUCGAAGAAAUGCGUCAAAGUUGUCGCGAUCUGGUUAAAAUUUUCGUCUCUAGUCGAUACGAAGAGGAUAUCGCUACUGGUUUCAGACACAAACGGACUCUUUGUAUGACACCGCGCGACACUGAAGAUGAUCUUAAACACUUCAUUGAUCUCCAUGUGAGUAGAUUUAUGUCAAGGUGGGCCGUUUUACACAGCGAGGCAAGCGAUAAACUACAACAGCUGGAGAAGAGCCUGAAAGAGACACUUAAUACUGGAGCACAAGGAAUGUUUCUAUGGGUGUCGCUGCAAUUAGAGUGUAUUAGUGAUACCUCACGAGUUAAAGACCUGGAGAGUAUUUAUGUAGCUCUGGAAUCUCUACCUGCGACGCUUGGUCGAUCCUAUGCCGCCAUUCAUUGCCGAAUCGAGUCAAUGAAGGAAACUGCCAGAGAAGUGGCUAGAUUUACGUUUUACUGGCUUCUGGGUGCAAAACGAAUGCUCCCUAUCCCAGAUUUCCUCAUCGCCGUAGCGCGUUCGGCAAAGUGCUUGUCAAAUCUGCAACCCCGAACCAUUAUUGACUACUGCUGCGGUUUGGCGGUGAUAGAUAACGAAACCAAUACAUUCAGACUAGCUCAUCCGACAGUUCGAGAAUAUCUUGAAUCCCUUGAAAUCUACCGCGGUAAAGAAGUAUCCUACAGCAUAGCUCUGGCGUGUCUGGACGCAUAUCUGGGUGAAAAUUGUGUUGAGAAUGAGUUUCUCAAAUAUGCUACAAACUAUUGGCCGUCCCACGUGGAGGACCUUGGGUUUGCACCCCAGCGAGCCAAGGUUGUUCCUUCUCUCACGGACUUCUUUACGAAAGAAGAGCAUUUUGAUGAUUGGCUGGACAAUUUCGAGCUACAGCAGAGAGAAGGCGGUUCUAGCUGGAAAUCUACAAAUGAAAGAAAGCUCGAUGCCUCGAUAAGCACUCCACGAACACCGCUAUUUUUGAUAUGCUGUUUUGGAUUCGUGGAAAUUCUUGAGGAUGACGACGUUGUUGAAGACUUGGAUGUGAACCAGACAAACAAAGAUGGGAGCUCUGGGCUAUACCUGGCAGCUCGUGGUGGCCACAUCAUGGUCGUUCAGAAGCUCCUAGACAUGGGAGCCAAUAUAGACGCCCCCGGAUUUCAGUACGGGGAUGCACUUCAAGCGGCGUGUCUUGGGGGGUGGACAGAGAUAGUGCAGCUUCUGAUCAAUCAUGGCGCCACCUCCUCUGUGCCCAGAAGGGGUGAAUAUUCCAGUCCCCUGCAGGCAGCUUUGGCAGGUGAUAACAAUCCAAUUGCAGAAGUCCUGCUUAAUGCUGGGGUCAAGCUUACUACACAGCAGCAAUUUGAUGAUGCCAUAGAAACCGCAGCUUUCAAAGGAAAUGUUUCAGUUUUCCAGCGGCUUAUGGCAGGGGAAGUUGGAGACUUUACUCCAAAAAUCAGGCCUGAUCCUCUUCAAGUAGCCCUCGCAGGGGGCAAAAUGAGGAGAGCAAAGCUGCUAUUACAAAGCUGUGCCGAUAUUAACGAGGAAAAGGGUCUCUUUGGAAAUGCCCUCGCGGCUGCUAUUGCAAGUGAGAGACUGUCAAUAGUACAGUUAGUUCUUGAUGCUGGAGCUAAUAUUGAGCUCCGAGGACGAUAUGGGUUUCCCCUUCGCGCAGCUGUCAUUAUCAACAACUUCGAGAUCACAAAAUGUCUGCUUGAGAAGGGUGCAGAUCCAAACGUAAUAGAUGAGGAGCUGGGAGAUGCCCUUCAGGCUGCUGCAAGCCGCGGCAGUCUAGCGAUAAUGUCGCUCCUUCUUGCUUACAAAGCUAAUGUUCGGGGACGUGGAGGCCAUUUCGGUGAUACACUGCAAGCUGCUGCUUUUGGAGGACAUGAAAAGGCUGUGGAGCUACUUAUUCAUCACGGAGCUAAAGAUUCUUUGGAAAAGCCUCGAGGGAGAUACCAUAGUGCUCUGAGAGCUGCGGUGUACGCUGGGCAUCAGAGCAUUGUGCAAAGGCUUCUUGAGGCAGGUGCAAGAUUGCCUUCGCAAAGUCGAGGAUUGUCAUUUGCCUAUGUGGACUAUUCGCCAUCCCUGACUGUACUAUGGCAACCCAGGGAUGCGCUUCCAAACGUUAAGGAGGAAGUGAAAGGACUGGAUACUCUGCACUAUCUGGGGCCCCUCGAAAUUACUGCUCAGCGGAAUGAUGUGGCCUUGUUGGAGACGCUACUAUUGGAGGGUCCACAUUAUGAUAAUUCUAGUGCUUAUUCAGGGUCUCUGGGGAGUAAUUUGUGUGAUUCGGAGAAUCCUUAUACAGCCCUACAGAUAGCAGCAUUUUGGGGGCAUACUCCUACAGUCAGGUGUCUCCUAGCCCAUGGGGUUGAUAUCAACAUGGUGAAGCCCAAGAUAGAAAUACUACUCUCUAAUGGUGCCGAUAUUGAUAGACAUUGGACGGAUUUUGGCUCGUGUCUUCAAGUCUUUUCUAAGCGGGGUAAACUUGAAGUUGUGCAGUUUUUACUUGAUCGAGGAGCCAACAUAAAUGAUGUAGGGGGCUUUAACGGUACAGCUCUUCAGGUUGCUUGCGGUGCAGGCCAUGUUGAAGUUGUCCAGCUACUGCUGCAGAAAGGAGCGGACAUGAAUGCACAAGGGAAGGCCAUUGGUACGGCGCUGCAUGCGGCUUCGGCUAACGGGCACCUUGGAAUAGUGAAGAUGCUUCUCCAUCAUGAUGCGAAAGCAGAUAUUGAUAGUGCUGGAUCAAAUGUUGAUACAAAUACUCAUAUUGCAUUACAGGUCGCAUGUGCGAAUGGACGUCGUGAAGUAGUCGAGGCUUUACUCGAUCGUGGCGCAGGAGUGCGCAAUACCCUACUUUGUCGAGCCAGUGAGAAUGGGGAUACUAGUCUUAUGCAACUCAUGCUGGACAACGGGUCUCUUGUCAAUCCAGAAACUGGGCUCCCUGAUUCAAAGCAGCUUGAAGGAAGAUCACCUACUGAUGACAGCAGUCUGACUGCAACCCCGCUUCAUUUCGCUGCCUAUCGUGGACACGAAUCAGCAGUGACUUUUCUCCUGGACAAUGGAGCUGACCUUCAUGUUCAAGGCAUUCUAUACCCAAUGCAGGAACAAGGCCAUCAUAACAGUGACUUCGAUUUUGAGACAAACACCAGCAGUCCUAUGCAAGCCGCGUGUUACAAAGGAAAUUCACAUAUAGCCAAGCUUCUCUUUACUCAUGAUCCUUGGGGUCACAUCAAACACCAGACCUUUACGGUUGCCUUGAAAACCAGUCUUGAUCGUGGACAGCAUGAAGUCCAGAGGAUUUUACUCCUCCAAGCAGUUCGUUCAGGGUUCAGGGCUGAGCAGUUUCACGAAGCUUUUUGCCAUGCAUGCUUGAAAGGAUAUACACAAUUUGUUGAGCUGAUCCUUGAACACUUCACGGUCGACAACUGGCCGGAUGCUAUACUCCAGGCCGCUGAAGAUGGGAGGGCUGGGAUUGUUAAAGCUUUGUUGUUACACGGGGCUGAUCCGAAGAUGCGCAACGAAAGCGGUGACACGGCGAUUAGCCUUGCUAUUCGUAAAAUGAGUCCUUAUUGUUGCGGAUUCUAUGAUGGGGAUCCGCCUCGCUAUCGCAAGACAUUGGCUGCUCUGGUCGAGGCUGGGCACGUUUUGGACAAAUCGCUAUCUGCAGACAUACCUCGCAAGAUCCUGCACAUUAUAACCGCUUACAUAUACAUUUCUGAAUCUGUGGAAUACGCAGACGUCAUUUCAAUGCUUGUACAGAACGAUGCGCAAGCAGCUCAUCUGAUCAGGAAGCCAUUUGAGGCAGCAAUCCAUCUUGAGGUUGUCGAGUCCGUUCGUGUCUUAAUUGACCUGUUUGCCAAGAAUGAUAUGCAUCGCACGGAAAUAUGCACAAGCAUCCUUUCUCAGUUUCUACCCCUCUCUAUGGAAAUGCUCUCGUUUUUGCUCAGCCAAGGUGGCGAUGUGAACACACGACAUUUUAAAGAUGGCAAGACGCUGCUGCACCGUGCCGCCGCCAGAGGAGAUGAGGAUGCACUCAGGAUUCUUAUAUCUUAUGGCGCCCAGGUUUCUCUGCAGUCAAGCGAACAAGGAACAGCCCUGCACGCAGCUGCGGCGGGUGGCUUCCACGGCUCAGUCAAUUUGCUUCUGACAGAAAAUGCGGAGGUUGAUGCAUCAUGUACACUUACUGGGACCCCGUUGGCGGCAGUCAUGGCUCGUAAAUGGAAGUCCUGCUGUGGUCGUUACCAUCGAAGCUGUGCUGAGCAAUUAAUUGCUUGGGGUGCAGAUAUUGAUCGCAUUGAUGAACGUCUGGGGACUCCAAUGGACAUUGCUUACAAGGCAGGAAACAAUGAGGGUGUGGAGCUGUUACUUGAGAACGGAGCACUGGAUCCCCAAUCCACAGCGUAUCCACUAAAUUCGGACAAUUGA